AUGAAAGUGUGUAAAGUGAAGAAAAACCCACAGCAUAAGGUGGAGUUGGUGAAUAAUAAGCCGGAGUUAUAUGUGAGAAGUGAUAAAAAGGAGGAGUGGCUGAACAUAACACACAUGAAUCACCAAGUUGAGCUAUUAAAGUUCAUAGACGGAGUAUUUUGUGAAAACACAUACUUACAAUGUGAUUUUAACCUAUUAGGCACAGUUUUCAAGAUCAUUUUCAACUUUCUGUGCAGCGCCGUUAAAUAUGACGAGAAAUUCCUCUGGAGUUACUGGGUAGACCCUUUUCAAGGCUAUCCAAGCUCACUAACGUUUGACGUGGUUAAAAAUAAGUUUAAUCUAACCUUUAAAAAUGGAACCACCACGCCACUGGAUAUGAAGAGCUACUUGACUACUGGGAAAGGCACUGAUAACUGCGGCGAGCAGUUCCAAUACGUAAAAUUUAAUAAUACCGUCUCAGCAGUAUACGCUAAAGAAUCUAAUCUUAAUUUUUUAAGGUUUGGAGAUAACAUCGUUUGGGCCAGAAAGUCACAUGAACCACACCCAGUCUCAAUCAUCUUUCAAAGCCAAACCCAAGUCAUAAUCGUCUCAAAAACCAGUUUCACCACCUGUACAUUUCAAAAUUACCAAUGGGAUCAAACUAUUACACAUAUUAACUAA